UAUUUCUAUGGUUGGGAAACCUGAAAGUGGUUUCAGAGGUCUUCUUCUCACGGUGACUGAAAGUAGUAACGUUGAGCUCCGAGCGUGGUUACGUGGGGAGCAUCAGUGCUUUCCUCAGGGUGAUGAGUGGCAGCAUGUGGAGGCGUGGUGGGCGGUGACCAACAAGUCUAGUGUUUCUAUGGGUAUCGUAACUGAAGAAUGCCAGUUGAUGUGCACGAUCAAUCACCAGUUACAAGUACAACAAAGUGUCCCGGAGUUUGAAUUGUUGGCUUACGGCCCUUCAAGGUGGAUUGCAAAAAGACUACCCGACUUCUGUAACAUCACAUAUCGGGAUGCAUCCAAUGUCCAACACUUCAAUUUCUCUGUCUGCGAUAUCGCUCUAUUUGACAAGAACACAGCCUUAGGAAUGAACACUGCCUCUACAACAGCCUCGUCUUCAUGGCUGUCGCUGCCCUUGUUUGUCUCGACAACAUCGCUCCUGCUGGCGGCGCUGGUUGUAGCAGUGAUGUUAAUAGUAUAUCUCAAGCGACACCAGCACAUACUGCCAGACCCGAGGAGAUUUGAAUUCCAGUCUGGACACCACGACGAUCACCCACACUUAGACCAGGAGCGGGACUCAAAUGAAUCAUGGGUGCCCACUUGUCUUGCGCCUAUUGCGCAAGUACACCCAAGUGUUACUGAGCCAAGAAAGAACGAGAACUUGGCCACUGAAUAUAACGAGUCACCUCUCUAUGAUGAUGUGGCAGCAUAUCAAGGCACAAGUCAUGGACGUAAUGAAUCGUCUGUCUACGAAAAUGUGGCUGUGUAUCAAGUCGCAAGUCAUGGACGUAAUGAGUCACCUGUCUACGAUAAUGUGGCUGUGUAUCAAUGCACAAGUCAAGAACGUAAUGAGUCACCUGUCUACGAUAAUGUGGCUGUGUACAUCAUCAAUGAGUCACCUGUCAACGAUUAUUUAGAAUAUUACUAAGAUAGAAUCAUCAAAUUACUGUAGGGAGAUUAAUUUGUGUGUUUCAUAGAGCAAUAAUGGGGAACAUGGUUUUAUUAAGUAAGGGAUUUCCCCGUGAUCAGUUUUUAUAAUGUGGUUUACCGGCUUGCUUUGUGGAACAGUGGACCACACUGGUACUGUCACACGCCUUGGAGCUUCAUUUUGACUAUUUUUAACAAAUUCACUGCUGUUGGUUUUCCUUUCUAUAUUGAUAGGAAGUUUAAAGAAUGUUUUCGAAACACCACUGGCAUUUAAAUGUUAGAUUGGUGCGGUAGGGAGGAGGUAUGGGAAGUGUAGAAACAAGAAAGGAGCGGGAAUAGAGAGGCGGACAUGAGGUGGGCUUGAGAAUGGAUAUGUGGUUUAACAUUAUAUGUUACGACUUCUAGCUAACGAUAUUUACCUGUUAAAUCCCUUGAGUUGACAUGUCGCUCUAGGUAAAAGUGAGAGUAGGAAUAGGGCGACUGUAUCAUGAAGUAUGGACCCGUCUGUAGGUAAAUACUGUGCAUUGUCAGUGAGGUCCGCGCGGUUGGUUAAGUUAAUAUACAUUAUAUUAUAGAUUUAAAUAUAAUACAGUGUUAAAGUUAAAUUACAAUAUUAAGU